CUCAGUGAAACACACAGAGAAGAAUCUCUUCAGUUCUUUGAAAGAAAGAGGAAAAUACUAGAUACUUAAAAAAUGUCGAUGGUAUCAGAAUUCCUCAAGCAGGCCUGGUUUAUUGAUAACGAUGAGCAAGAAUACAUUAAAACUGUAAAAGGAUCCAAAGGUGGCUCUGGGUCUGCCGUGUAUCCCUAUCCUUCCUUUAAUCCAUCCUCAGAUGUUGAGGCUUUGCAUAAAGCAAUAACAGUUAAAGGUGUGGAUGAAGCAACCAUCAUUGACAUCCUUACUAAGAGAAAUAACGCACAGCGUCAGCAGAUCAAGGCAGCGUAUCUCCAGGAAAAGGGGAAGCCCCUGGAUGCUGCUCUGAAGAAAGCCCUUACAGGUCACGUUGAGGAAGUUGCUUUGGCGCUGUUAAAAACUCCAGCUCAAUUCGAUGCUGAUGAACUCUACGCUGCCAUGAAGGGUGCGGGAACUGAUGAAGAUACUCUGAAUGAGAUCUUGGCAUCAAGAUGUAACAGAGAAAUCAGAGAAAUUAAUAGAGUCUAUAUGGAAGAACAUAAGAGAGAUCUGGCUAAAGACAUCACGUUUGACACGUCUGGAGAAUAUCGGAAGGUUUUGCUUUCUCUAGUUAAGGGUGACCGAUCUGAGGAUGUGAGCAUGAAUGAAGACUUGGCUGACACAGAUGCCAGGGCCUUAUAUGAAGCAGGAGAGAAAAGAAAAGGGACAGAUGUCAAUGUCUUCAGUACCAUCCUGACCACCAGAAGCUAUCCCCAUCUUCGCAGAGUGUUUCAGAAGUACAGCAAGUACAGUGAGCAUGACAUGAACAAGGUACUGAAACUGGAAAUGAAAGGCGACGUCGAAAAAUGCUUCCAAACCAUUGUGAUGUGUGCCACAAGCAAACCAAGGUACUUUGCUGAGGAGCUGCACCGUGCCAUGAAGGGCAUUGGGACUCGUCAUAAGAAAUUGAUCAGAAUUAUGGUUUCCCGCUCUGAAAUUGAUAUGAAUGAUAUCAAAGUAUACUAUCAGCAGCUGUAUGGCAUCUCUCUCUGCCAAGCCAUCCUGGAUGAAACCAAGGGAGAUUAUGAAAAAAUUCUGGUGGCUCUUUGUGGAGGAAACUAAAUAUCCCUAUGAUGGUCUUAAACAUUUAAUCAGAAGACUUUUUUCACCAUUUUUGUUGAUUCUAUACCUUAGGAUUAAGUAGAAUUCUUUGCAGUAGUAAUAGUUUUUCUAAUUGCUUUCUGAAAGAAACAUGUAAUGUUGUUAGAAAAACAUUAUAUAUCACAGCUUAGUAGGAAUAAUUUUUUUAAAUAUAUUUAUCCCCAAAUAUAAAGCUGUAAGAAACAUGCCCUAGUAAUAUUUCUGAAGAAAGGUGUUUGUGUUACAAAAAUAAAAGUAUUUUAUGAGA